ACCACCACCACAACAAAAAAGCAACAUAAAAACGUUUUAAUGUAUCCUUAGUACUUAAUACAGUCUGACUUGUAAUGCGCCUUGGGGGUGGUGUACCAUACGACGGCGACCCCCCGACAAUGAGCGCUGCUGGCAACGACUAUGCCGAAUUAUGCGAUCUUGGACCUACGCGAUGGAGUUCGCGCGGCUACUAUCAUGUACCACCACCUGCGCACAGUUCAUCACUGCAUCCUAGCAUCCUGCAGACAUCCACCCAAUCGUCAUCCAGUGUACCAACGGGUGGCUCAGCCGGUCUUACAGCUCAUCACCUGCGCGUUGCACCGCCCACAAGUAGUUACGAAGCGGAAGAUAUUGCCGCUGCCUACGGUAUGACAACACCGCCGCCCGGCAUUACCGAUUUAUCGAAUAGUUACGCUGUUAACUCACGUAUAGGCAAUAGUACAAGUUCGCUACGAACUGGUCCAACAUCAUCGGCGGCAGCAGCGGCGGCCGCGGCAGCAGUUGGUGCAGGCACAGGCCGUUCGGGUUUAUAUUAUUCACCGCCCGGUACCUCGUAUACGAUCAUAGAACGGCCACAUUCGCCGCAUUACUAUUACAAUUCGGCGGGUGUUGCGACCAAGGGCGGUUCGCUGCCGGGUCGUGGUUCUGCAUAUUUGUCCUCAUCGCCGUCGAACUAUCUGAACAGCGGUAUGAGUGGGACAUUGCCUACCUCAACUGCUGCACGACAUGCAAUGAAUUCCGCUUCGGGCAUGGCCAAUGGCAAUAAGAAACGGCCAAUAUCGCCGGAGCAGGUGCUGCGCAUGUUUGGCGCUACCCAAUCGUCUUCAGUUCCUACUAGCAGCUAUCAUUAUAGUAAUGGUACGAGAGAUCGCACCGGUCGUCGUAGUCCCGCCAGUAGUCCACCAUCAACAACGCAUCAGAUCUAUCGUGAACGUGAAAGAGAUCGCAGCAUGACAAAUAUCCAUGAACUAACGACACGCACUGUGACCAUGUCCCGUGAUCAACAAAUUGAUCAUGGAUUUGGUAUUUGUGUUAAAGGAGGUAAAGACUCAGGCCUUGGUGUCUAUAUAUCACGCAUCGAGGAAAAUUCCGUUGCCGAGCGUGCCGGUUUGCGUCCCGGUGAUACUAUCCUAGAAGUGAAUGGUACACCAUUCACUUCAAUUAAUCACGAGGAAGCGCUAAAAAGAUGUGUGCAGAUAUUGAAAUCACAACGUCAAAUCAGUAUGACGGUACGAUCACCACCCACGCUUAAUUCAACGGCGCCUCUGCAUGGCUUUGGCCCACCCUCCCGUGAUCCGAUGUACGCUUCAAUGGCUCCCCUGCUCACACAACCGACAGCACUGCCACCGGGUGCCGCCAUAGGAGCAACUGGUUCGUUGCCAUAUCGACAGACAUGUUCCUGGAUGGAUAGACACGGGAGACCUGCCUCACCGCCCAUGGAAUAUGGCGGACGACGAAGUGAUCGAAGGGAUAGAAUACGUUGUGUUGAGUUGUUAAUAGAACCCGGCCAGUCAUUGGGUCUAAUGAUACGCGGCGGUGUCGAAUAUGGCCUGGGUAUAUUCGUGACGGGUGUCGACAAGGACAGUGUGGCAGAUCGUGCCGGCCUUCUGGUGGGCGAUGAAAUAUUAGAAGUCAACGGUCAAUCCUUUCAAGAUGUUACCCAUGAUGAGGCUGUUAGCCAGCUGAAGUACCACAAGCGUAUGUCAUUGGUCAUACGUGAUGUGGGUAAAGUGCCACAUUCCUGUACCUCCAUUGAAAUGGAGCCAUAUGAUGCGUAUAGUCCCACGGGGACAAGAGCCCGUCGAAAAGGUCAAAUCACCGCCAUGGUAGAAGAGAAGGCCCGUUCUCUACUGCCGCGACACCAUUUUGCAAGUCUUUCGUAUUAUAUCGCCGAAUAUACUGCGAGAGCAAUGACCAUAGAUGCCUUUGUAGCCGUCUUAUUAGAAAUGUUAGAUACAUAUGAAAAGCAUACACUAGUGACGGAAAUCCGUGAACUUAUAUUUCCUGAGGAUCGCACACGAUAUGAUGAGCUAGUCUAUCGUAGAGAGCGCGAUCCUUACAGUGGCGAACGAUUAAGGCGUAAAGGAGAAAGUGCGCGUGAUUUGCCGGUAAGCUUUUUAGAAGAUUUAUUCUACGACACUGACACUACAUACUAUUAGAGUUGCCUAAAGACAAUUUCUAACAAAUAAUUAAAAGAAAAACAAAAAGAACUCAAUUAU